AUGGCCGAAAGCAUCGAUGCGUUGGACCAGUGCUGCCAGGCAGCCAAGGCAAAAGUGAGUCGUAUUCGGAAGGCGAUUUUGGAUGCAAAACAGGACCACAAAAAGUUUGCGUACAAUGCCCUCAAAUUGUAUGCGAAGCAAGUCGACGCGGCUUACGAUGAGUACAACAGCUUCACGAAUCGCAUCUACCUCGUCGAUCCAAAGAAGAAGCAAGAAUUUGAGACGAAGUUUAUCGACUUCGAGGAACUCUACGAGUUCGUCCGGAUCGCUCUGAGCGAGAUGAUGCAGCAGUACGAGGACGCCGAAAAGGCUGCGGCCGAGGUGGCUGCCUUUGAGAGGGAGAAACAACUGCUCGCGCUGAAGUUCCGCAACGAUACUGUCGCAGUUACUAACGUCCCAGCGAACCCUGUUCCGUACCAAAUUCCACCCUCGUUGCUGUUGCAGCAGACGCCUUUGCCGACCUUUGACGGUCGGUACGACCAGUGGCACAAGUUCAAAGCAAGGUUUUGCGACAUUGUGGAUCGGUGCACGACGGAUUCUCCAGCGACAAAACUCCAUUAUCUGGACAAAGCGUUGGUCGGAGAUGCACAGGGAGUGAUCGACGAGCAAACCCUCAACGACAAUAACUACGAGGGCGCCUGGAGAAUUCUAAUCGAGCGCCGAUGGCUAGGAGUCAUCGCUGGAACUACGGAGGCUGCUGGACGACUGCACGAAGCGUGUGGAAUCCUAGAGUUCCACAAACUAAAGAUGGACAAGAUGGCUGAGGCCAUCGUGAUCACGCUGCUGACCUCGAAGCUGGACCCGAGUACCCGACGCAGCUGGGAGGCAUCGUGUGACUACGGAAAGCUUCCGGUGUUCAAGGACACGGUGGCAUUUUUGCGAAAGCACUCACACGUGUUGGAGCGGUGUGAGCAAAGCAGUACGGUGACAAAACCCAAAGUGGCGGCACUGAGGACCCAGACUCCAACCGUCACAAGUAAGGCGCACUCGGUGACGGUCUCGAAGACGAAUGAAGGUUGUGCCGUGUGCGGAGCUACUCACUCAGUCGAAGCUUGUGGCGCAUUCAAAAAGCUGAUCGUCGAAGAACGAUACUCGAAGGCAAAGCAGUUUGGAUUGUGCUUCCUAUGCCUGAAUCGUGGCCAUCGCACAAACACUUGCAAGAAGACCGAUCUGUGCACAGCUUGCAAGAAGAAGCACCACGCGCUGCUGCAUCCUGACGAGAAGAAACUCGAUACGCCCGAAGCAGGACGGCGAUCGGCGGAGGAGCAGGAGACGAGUUCCAGUUGCCCGAAACCACCGCUGACGGCGGCGAAGUGUUCGAUCCCGAACGAACGAACGAAGAGUCUGCAGACGAAGCAGGUGUUGCUGGCGACGGCAGUUGUGUUGGCGUACGACUCCAGUGGCGCCGCGCACAAGUGUCGAGUGCUACUCGACUCCGGAGCGAUGGCGAACUUCAUGUCAACACGGAUGGCGGAACUGCUGCGACUGCGAAAGGAGAGUGCUAACGUCCCGAUAGACGGAGUGAACGGGAUGAAGACCGUAGUGAAGUACAAAGUGAGUGCUAAAGUGGUAUCCAGAACAACCAGUUUCGAGACGACGUUGGAGUACUUGAUUGUCCCCCGAGUGACCGGCGCUUUACCAGCGAUGAAGAUCGAUCCGAAGGGCUGGCACAUUCCCGAGUCGAUGCUGCUGGCCGACCCCAAGUUCUACGAGCCAGCGCGGGUCGAUAUGCUCGUCGGCGCCGAGCUAUUUUUUGACGUGCUCCGAGAAGGUAAACUAAAACUGGCCCCCAAUCUACCUCUGCUUCAAGAAAGCCAACUCGGUUGGCUUGUCUCUGGACCUGUGGCCGAAACUGCGGAUAUCGGCACUGUAAAGGUGUGUCACAUUGGGGCACUGGACGAUCCUGAGGAGCAACUGACCGAACUGCUGCGGCGGUUCUGGACCAUCGACGAGCUCGGAGGUGACGCGUCACCUAAGCCAGAAGACACGUGUGAGUUGAACUUCCUGGAAACUCACCGCAGAACGAACGAUGGUCGCUACGUGGUGAAAUUGCCGUUCCGCGAGAACGUUGGGGAGCUCGGGGAAUCCCGACAGCAAGCGAUGCGGCGGUUCGUGGCGCUAGAGCGCCGCUUGGAGAAAUACCCGGUGAUGAAACAAAUGUACGUCGACUUCAUCAACGAGUAUCUGGCACUGGGUCACUGCCGAGUGGUGACAAGUGCCGACCCAACGAACGCAGACGCCUACUACCUUCCGCACCAUUGCGUGAUCAAGCCGGACAGCUCCACAACAAAAUUGCGAGUGGUAUUUGACGCCUCAGCGAAGAGCAGCACAGAUUUGUCGUUGAACGAUGUGAUGGAGAUCGGACCCACGGUGCAGGACUCGUUGUUCAACAUUCUCUUGAGAUUUCGCUUGCACAAGUUCGUGUUCACCGCCGAUGUCCCGAAAAUGUACCGGCAGGUAAUAGUCGACGAAGCUCACCGGAAGUAUCAACGGAUCCUGUGGAGGGACAACGCUGGUCAGCCGAUCAAGGAAUUGGAGUUGAACACAGUCACUUACGGGACAGCAGCAGCACCGUUCUUGGCGACUCGAGCGAUUGUACAGCUGGCACGAGAUGAGCAGAAAGAUUUUCCGGUUGCGAGCAAGGUCGUCGAGGAGUGCUUCUACGUUGAUGAUGUGCUAACUGGGGCUGACUCACUUCCGGAAGCAAAAGAGCUUCAAAGAGAUUUGAUCGCGCUGUUGGAGAGAGGAGGGUUUCAGCUCCAUAAAUGGUGUGCUAACGACGAAUCGCUGCUUGAGGAUAUCCCAGUUGACGCUCAAGAGCAACAGUUCAACCUCGACGAUUGCAACGCCAGCGGCGUUGUAAAAACGCUCGGAAUCUUGUGGGAUCCAGUCGGAGAUGAAUUUAUGUACCACGUUCAACCCUUCAACGGCUGCUCUGAAGUUCCGACGAAGCAAAUGGUUUUGUCUGAAAUGUCAAAACUUUUCGAUCCCCACGGCCUGCUUGCACCAACCAUUCUGAUCGCGAAACUCCUGAUGCAGCAACUUUGGCAAGCAAAUGUGGGAUGGAAGGACCCGAUUCCGCAGGAGCAGCUUCGAACCUGGAACCGAUUUCGAUCUGAGCUAAGCUGCCUGAACUCGCUGCGGAUCAAUCGGCGAAUCACUGUUGACGAUGCGGUUGAUGUGGAACUGCACGGGUACGCCGACGCGUCCAAGGUGGCGUACGGGUGCUCGAUAUACCUGAAAAGCUUCAAGCGAGACGGAACGACGGAGAUGCAGCUGAUCUGCGGGAAGUCGCGUGUCGCGCCAAUGAAGGAGCUGCAGCGGAACGAGAAGCAGGAUGCAACGCCUGACGAGCAGACGAUUCCGCGGCUUGAGCUGUGUGCUGCGUUGUUGCUAGCCGAAAUCCUUGAAAAAGUGCGCGAAACCUUAGCAAUACCUAUCGAAAAGGUUAAGCUCUGGUCCGACUCGAAGAUAGUGCUGUGUUGGUUGAAACGAAUGAAGCCUGGUACGCCAGUGUUCGUGCAAAAUCGUGUGAAGAAGAUCCUGAAGCUGUUUCCUGCUCACAUGUGGCACUACAUCUCGACGCUGCACAACCCUGCGGAUUUGGUGUCGCGUGGGGUCUUUCCGGCAGAAUUGAUCCACUGCGAUGGUUGGUGGUUCGGUCCCGUUGAGCACGCUGAACCGUGGCAGCAGAACUGCGAAGCGGAAUUGGAACCGGAAGAACACGGGGAACCUCUCCAGGUUGUCGCUGCAGUUCUACCCAACGAGCCGAAGAAACAGCUGGACCCAUACGACGUGAUUUUGGAACAAAGCGACUAUCGCAGACUGCAGCGUGUUUUUGCGCACUUGACUCGCUUCAUCUUCAACUGCCGAUCGAAGCAGAACAAGGUUGCGCGUAGAACGGGACGACUUGGCGGCCGAGACUUCGGUGAGGCGCAACGAGCAAUGGUGAGUGUUGUGCAGCAAUUUGUCUACAAGGAUGAGAUCGAUUGCAUUCAGAAGAACCGUGCCGUCAAGGGAAAGCUGCGAAACCUGAACCCGAUAUACGACAAAGACGACAAGCUGCUCCGUGUCGGUGGUCGUAUAAGAAAUUCGGAUCUGCCCAAGGACCAGAAACACCCAAUGAUCCUGCCGGAAAACAAUCACUUCACGGAGAUCCUUGUCAAAGCUCUGCAUAAGGAACAUCUCCACGUUGGACUCAACGGACUGCUUGCGGUCAUCCGACGACGGUUCUGGCCAGUAAACGCUAAACGAACCAUCCACCGGGUCCUGAAAGGGUGCGUAGACUGCUUCCGGGUGAACCCAACGGACGUCCAGCAGUACAUGGGUGACCUGCCGAGCUGCCGAGUGACCGCUUCCCAACCGUUUGCCAGGACUGGAAUGGAUUAUGCCGGGCCGUUCUACGUCAAAGUGGGACGUAUGAGAUCGAAGGUGAAGGUGUACGUGUGUCUUUUUGUAUGCAUGGCAAUCAAGGCCGUACACCUAGAGUUGGUGGGCUCCCUGACGACGGAAGGAUUCCUGGCAGCUCUACAGCGAUUUGUGAACCGACGAGGGACGCCGUCCGAACUAUAUUCUGAUAACGGAACAAACUUUCGAGGAGGAAAUCGAGAGCUGUCAGAAUUAGUCGAGUUGCUGCGAUCCCAGAUUCUGCAGAAUAAGGUGGAUGCAUUUUGCCAGCCGAGGGGAAUCACCUGGAACUUUAACCCCCCCAAGGCACCCCACCAAGGAGGCAUUUGGGAAGCGAACGUGAAAUGCAUGAAGUCGCACCUGUGCAAGACCUUGACUGAGAGCUACCUGACCUUUGAAGAACUGAACACCCUGCUCAUCCAGGUAGAAGGAAUCCUCAACUCAAGGCCCCUUGUGCAGCUGACGGACGACCCCUUUGACUACGAAGCACUGAGUCCCGGCCAUUUUUUGGUUGGACGAGAAUUGACCGCAGUGGCGGAGCCACUGUACGAUGAUUGGAAGGAGUCGAGUUUGUCCCGAUACCAACUGGUUCAGAAACGUAUGCAGCACUUUUGGAAGCGAUGGUCAAGCGAAUACGUCACUGGACUGCAGAAGCGGGGCAAAUGGUACAAGGAACCUGCGCUACUUCGGAAGGGAAUGCUAGUGCUCUUGAAGGAAGACAACGUGCCACCGAAGACUUGGAAGCUAGGCCGCAUCAUCGAAACACAUCCAGGGAAGGACGGGAUCGUACGUGUGAUCACGGUGCGAACAGGCAACGGAGUCUACAAGCGGCCGACGACGCAGAUUGCGGUUCUACCCAUAGACGACAACAGAGUUCCAGCAGAGUCCCAGGAGUAG